GUGUGACAAUGACUUUACUUUUUUCCCCUCUUUGCGAUAGGAUCCCGCUCAGCCUUACAGGAUAUCACAUGUCCGCGUGUUCUAACGGAAAACGCCUUCAAGUGUACACGGUAUUUGCUUCUUCCGGUCGCACGGCAAGAAGACGUUUUUUGUUUUGUUUUCACCCAGGGAUAUUACUUUUUCCAAGUCUCGUGCAACUCCUGAGUCAGUGUCACCGUCUUUAACACAUCUUGCCAGAAUGCAAGCCAUGCCCGCGAAUCGCGGCAAUGGUCUGAGGUGGCUGGAUAUGUACCUCCGCGAUUUCUAUCAGUCUCAAACCAAGGUUCGGCCGCAGGAAUGGCCUGUUCAACGUCGCGCAAUGAUGGAGAUUCCGACCUUCUCUUUUCACAUCGAGACGCGUUUGAGUCGAGUUGGCGUGCCAGCUCAUCGUGUCUUGUCUUGCAUGGCUGAGUCUCGUACCACAAUCGACCUGUUACAUGAUCUGACAGAGGGUCAGAGGAUAUUGACCAAAGGGGGCAGGAAGAUCACCCUUUUCUCAUACUCGCAGGUUUGGCAUUCUCAUCAUCGAAAGCGGGUCUGUCUCUGCGAGCUUCUCCGCACGCCCCAGCCGCCUCAUAGCAUUCAUCGUGACACAAGUUCACACAGCGUCUUCCUCCGGUCGUUACGCAAGGGCUUUCUGCUGCUUCCCACGACGUGGAGUCUCCAUCUGGACGCGAAGAGCCCAAGUGGCAAAUACAUGCUGUACUUUGGGGUUCCCCCAUCGAGCGGUCGGACCAGCUCAUUGAAUCGCACAACAUGCGCCAGUAUACAUAUGUCAACACAUGUUAUCGUGCGAGCCCCACUUCGGAGCAUUUCCUCAUGCAAAACGCUGGAACGAGAAGACAGGCGGUGCCCCCUCUUAUCGAUUGGAAGCAGUCGUAUAGAUCCAAUCAUUACAUUCUAAUGGUAGUAGGACAGUGGACUGUGCCCCAUACGUGUCGGUUGAACGAACGCUUCUUUUCCGCUGCGGCUUUCCGACUGCUGUGCUCUCGAAUCGAAGACUCAGAAAUAGAGGGCGCCGGUGGCGAAUGCGAUUUCCGGGAUCGAAAGAUUGCAUCUCCAAUGAUGAGUCUAGAGUGGCGGAGCACAUUGUGACGCAUCAAAAGUCUGUCGAACAUGGGAGAGGGUCGAAGGCGCACAUGUAGUCGCACGUCGAUGAGAAGGGAAUAUUGAAAGGUGCAUCUGACCGUCUGAUGUCCCGAGCUGAUCUUACUACAAGGU